AUGACGCUGAACGGCGCGGGCCGGCGGCGGGGCAGCACGCCCUUCCCCGCGCAGCAGCCGCUGCACCGGCGCAGCAUGCCCGUGGACGAGCGCGACCUGCGCGCCGCGCUGCCGCACGGCGAGCUCGCGGGGCUGCUGCGCUGCACCUCGUACAGCCCCGGCGAGGCGCCGCGCCACAGCUGGGCCUCCGACUCCUCCGACUCCGUGGUGUCCUCGGGCAGCGACUCGGACAGCAACCUCUACAAGGUGAUGCUGCUGGGCGAGCACGGCGUGGGCAAGACCAGCCUGGCGCGCAUCUUCGGCGGCGUCGAGGACUGCGCGGACGCGGAGGAGGCCGGCAACACGUACGACCGGUCCCUGGUGGUUGACGGCGAGGAAGCCUCACUAGUGGUGUUUGACAUAUGGGAGCAGGAUGAUAGUCAAUGGCUUCAGAAUCAUUGUAUGAAGAUGGGAGAUGCUUACAUUAUUGUAUAUUCAGUGACGGACAAAGUUAGCUUCGAAAAGGCUUCCGAGCUAAGAAUCCAGCUAAGAAGAGCAAGGCAAACAGAAGAUAUUCCUAUUAUUCUUGUGGGCAACAAGAGUGACCUGGUCAGAUCCCGGGAAGUCUCAGUGGAUGAGGGACGGGCAUGUGCUGUGGUAUUUGACUGCAAAUUCAUUGAGACCUCAGCUGCUCUGCACCAUAACGUCAAGGACCUGUUUGAAGGUAUCGUUCGGCAAAUUAGACUGCGGAAAGACAGCAAAGAAGACAACGCAAGGAGAAUGGCCAACACCAAAAGAAGAGAAAGCAUAGGCAAAAAGGCAAAGCGCUUCCUUGGGAGAAUUGUAGCAAAGAACAACAAGAAGAUGGCUUUCAAAGCAAAAUCAAAAUCUUGCCAUGAUUUAUCUGUGCUUUAGAAGUCUCUGGCAAAGCCAGAUGUCGCACAUGGCCGCUGAAGAAGCAUUUGACUGUUUUGAGAAGUGUAUGGAUGAUCCUCAUGGUGAUAGAAGAAUAACUGCCUGAGACUCUUUAAUGCCUUAAGGUGCACAAGCAAGACUGGAAGUUGCGUUACAGUGUCUGCUUCAUUGAUAAAUCGUUUAAGUUUCAGUAUGUGCAAGUAAAUGAAUGAACAAGUGGCUUCACAAGGCCACACUUUCACUGUGUACAUAUAUUAUGUCCUCUUCUCCUGUGGAUACCAGAGAUGCACAGAUGACAGAAAAUGAAGUAUCACCACAGACUUUUCUCAUUUGCAGAGCAAAACUUGAAAAAUGUACGCAGGCUCGUACACUUUUUUUAGUAUAAAGCAAACAAUGUUAAAUCUUUUUAAAAUUGUGUAGGGUGGGGGUAGAACCACCUUAGAAUGGGAGAAAGCAAAUUAUAUAUAUAAAUACAGAAUAAAUAUCAUUUUAUGAAGUUAAUUUGCACUUCCAUUAACUGUUAUUCAAUUACUUUGUUACUUGUUUACAGGCAGAUUUUAUAAUAAAGCAUUAUUUCCUGUUAUAAUAUGCUUUUCUCAUAGCUUGGAUAGAGAACAGUAUUUUUAUACUGGCUGUUUUUCCUCUGUUGUACAAAACUCCACAUAGAUUUCAAAUGAUCUGUGCAGACUUACACCAGUUAAAUUUCUGGAAUGAAAUGAAUCAGGAAUACGUGGCAUCUAUUCCCUCUGUAGGUAGAGAUAGACUCUGCU